AUGGCAAGGCCUGCCGCUGAGCUCAAAGGUCCGAUAUUACUGAGGACUCAUUGGACACAGAAGAGCGUGGCGGCGGCGGAGGCCGUUAGGGCUCCCACCCCUCGGCGCGGUCGGGGCGUGCCGUGCGUGCGAGGCAGCGGAUAUAGUGCGCUGCGCUCAGCAGUAGAGGGCCGACCGACCGGGCGACCGUGGGCGAGGGGAGUGGGUAAAGGCAAGGCUCAUGAGGCCGGCGCCCACCGCCUCACCCACCCCCUCCACCACGUCGCCCACAGCGACAGCGAGGACAGCGGCGCUGCUGUGGGCACAAAAAAAUACCAGCACCUCAAGAAGCGAGCGAGUGGAGAUACGAGGCAGGACAAGAAGCGAGCAAGUAGAGAAGCGAGGCAGGACAAGAAGCGAGCGAGUAGAGAAGCGAGGCAGGACAAGAAGCGAGCAAGUAGAGAAGCGAGGCAGGACAAGAAGCGAGCAAGUAGAGAAGCGAGGCAGGACAAGAAGCGAGCAAGUAGAGAAGCGAGGCAGGACAAGAAGCGAGCGAGUAGAGAAGCGAGGCAGGACAAGAAGCGAGCGAGUCGAGAUACGAGACUGGACAAGGAGCGAGCGAGUCGAGAUACGAGAUAG